AUGAAGGAUAUGGGAGAGGUAUCGUCUGUGCUUGGCACGAAAAUUACAAGAGGUAAUGGCUUUAUAAAAAUAGAUCAAUCCCGCUAUAUAUGGGAUGUCUUGCAACGUUUUGGAAUGGCUGAAUGUAACCCAACCACGACUCCAAUAGAUUACAAUCAAAAGUUGUCUGCUAGUAUGUCUCCAGAAGAUGAUGAGUCUAAGCGGAACAUGUCAGAAGUACCAUAUAUGCAGGCAAUUGGUUGCCUAUUGUUUGCGGCCCAGAUUACCCGACCCGAUAUUUGUUAUGCGAUAAAUUUCCUUAGUAGAUUUGGGAUUAAUCCUGGCAGACCACACUGGGAAGCCGUUAAACGUGUAAUGAGGUACUUGAAGGGUACAAUCGACAAAGGCAUUGUUUACAAAAAGCAAACGGAAGACGAGAUAAAAGGUUUCUGUGAUGCAGACUGGGCCGGAGAUGUUGACGACCGCAAAUCUACAACCGGCUAUGUUUUUGUGUACCAAUCAGGCGCUAUUUCGUGGUCAACAAGGAAGCAGAAGACAGUGGCAUUAUCUUCGACGGAAGCCGAAUUUAUGUCACUAACAGCUGCUAUACAGGAAUCAGUUUGGCUGAAACGUCUAGAAGCUGAACUCAACCCUGAUGUCAAUGAAACUAUGUUGCUAUAUUGUGACAACAAGGGGGCCUUACAAGUCGCCCUUAAUAAUAAUUAUUCACCAAGGACGAAACAUGUGGACAUAAAAGCUAAGUUCAUACGCCAGAAAAUCGAUGAGAAGGAAGUCGCUUUGGAAUACCUGUACUAA